GAUGACAAUGUCAAUCAGUGGGUGAAUUAUUUAUUUGAAUAAUAGCAUACUUAAUUACAAUAUUCUCUUGAAUUUGCAAACAAAUAUAAAAUAACUAAAUUAAUUGGAAAAAAAAUAAUGGAAAAAUGGUUAAUUCAAUCACUAUGGAUUUCUGUGUUUGGAUAUCUCAAAGAAUUUCGACCAGAAGAUCCUUAUACAACUCAAUACUUGACAAACCCACCAAUGAAUUUUACAAAUGAAGAAGUAAGUUUGAUUUCCGUUUGUUAAUAAUAAAUAAUUUAUAUAAUUUUAGAUUCUGGGUGCAGCGAAGUAUUUAUUGGUUUUACAAAGAUGUAUAUUUUUUUAUUUUUUUAUACUGAGUACUAAAAUUCUACCAGAAAUUUUGUUCCGAAGUAUCAAGUAUAGAAUCUUUUCUGAAAGGGAAAGAAUUUUUCAGAAGUAUGUCAGUCUUAUUUUUUUAAGAAUUAUAAUAUUCAGUAGAGACAAAUAAUACUAAUUAACAACUAAUAGUAUGAAGGUACUCUUUUUUAACUCUUAUAUUAUUUAUAAAAUAUUUUUGCUAUUUUAAAGUUUAACAGCUAAUGAAAUUGUUGAUUAACGUGAAAUAAUUUUGGCUAUAAAAAAUCUCGGAAAUUUAAUAAAGAUUUAAAAUAGAGAUGAUCUUACUAAUAAAUAAAAAUAUUUAAGCGUAUUAUUAUAAUUUGUUUAUUACAUACGUAACUAUAAAUUUAUAGUUAAAAUUACUGUUGAUACUUGAUAUUCGUAAAAAAACAUUAAAAUAAUCUGUACUAUUUUCAUUAGGUAAAAUAAUAAAAAAGUCAAAAAAAUAAAGCGUGGUUUUAUAGCUAAAUAUUAAAAUUUCAAGUUAAAAAUUUAAGUUGGAAAACAAAAUAUUCUCCGAAUCUAACAUGUUUAACCAAGCUCCACUCAAAAUUGUUUUUCGUCUGCAAUAUAUGUUUGUAAGUACUGGGUUGUUAUCUAGGUUGUUAAUACUAUAUUGAGUAUAAAUCGUAUUCUGUAUUAAACUACAUUAUUGUGUACCCUAUGUUCAGUGUUCACCCUUACAAUACAAUAACUUAUUUCGUCGUGCAUAGUUAUAGUUUAAUUAGUUUAACUAGUUAUAAUUUAAUAUUUUUUAUUUUGUAGAUAAUUCAAGAAAUAUUUCCAGUGUCGACGUAUACAUGUCUUGGUCUUACAAUUAUUAUAUUUUUGGUUACUGAUUAUUUACGUUAUAAACCCAUUAUAAUAUUAAAUGCUAUUUCAAAUGUGAUCACUCAAAUAUUUUUAAUUUUUACUAGAACUAAAACUAACAUGAUGGUAGGUAGAAAAAUUAGCCAUUGGCAUCGUUAAUAUAAAUAUCAUAAUAAUUAACAUAUAUUAUUGGUAUAAUUUAUCAAUUAGCUUCAAUAGGUACAUAUUAAUCAACAUUUUAUUUAAUAUUGGUUAAUAUCAAAAUUAUAAACAGCUUUAAACUCCAAAUUUAAUUAAAAUGUAUUUCUGGAUAUUUGUUUGGAAUAGAUCAUGGAAGUUUUUUACGGUACUAUGAUAGCUUGCGAAGUUCCAUAUUAUACAUAUGUUUACACCAAAGUAGACAAGAAAUAUUAUAAAAUUGUUUCCAGUCAUAUGAAAAUGGCAUGUCUUAUAGGUCGACUUGUUUCUGCUAUUCUUGCUCAAUCGCUCAUUGAUAAUCAUAUAUUAACAGUUCCAGAAUUAAACUAUCUGACACUAGCUGGUGAUAUAUUUUAUUGUUAUAUUAUUUUGAAAGAUUUUAAUCAAUUAUUGAUUUAAUUCACUAUAGGUGCAAUAACAUCAUUAUUAUGGGCUGUUGGGUUACCUUCAGUUAAAAAUAGUUUAUAUUUCCAUCAAAGCCCUGCAAAUAAUAGCAUAAGAGGAAGUAGGUAUAAAGUUUAUAUAGCCUUUAGGUAUUUUUUUUUUUAAUUUUACAUAGAUAAAUAAACCUUUCCUUUUAAAUAUUGGUUUGAUUUAUACACCUUAUUGUGUGUAAAUUAUAACAAUAUUUAAUUUCUUUAUAAUAAAAUUCAUAAUAUUUUAAAUUAAAAUGUAUCAUGUACAUACCUAUAUAAAUAUUUUUAAUUCAUAGAUGACAUUAAUGCACCCAAACCUAAAACAGUGUGUCAAAUACUGUGGUCGGAUUUCAUCACUGCUUUUACUAACCGCUAUGUUCUUCAGUGGUCUAUCUGGUGGGCUUUAGACACAUGCAUUUAUUAUCAGGUACUUUUAUAAUAAUCAGAUUAAGUAAUAUUAAAGAAAUGCCAUAUUAUGUUUAAUAGAGAAAACAUUUUUGUAUUCAAUACUUUCAAAUGAAAUAUUGUUUAGUCUAAUCAGUCCGUUAUCGAACACCGUUUCCAACAAGUAUUUGUUAUUUGAAUUUAAUAUUUGUUAGAUUUAAAUUGUAUGCCAUAAUAGACUUAUAAUAUAUUAUAAGUCUAUGUAUGCCACCCAGUCAAAAAAAUAGAUUACAACUAUAAUCUUUGUGACUACCAGCAUGCUAUUAAAGCACGCGAUCUAUAUAGGAUUAAAGCUGAUUUUACACUGAACGAUUCGAACGCGCGUCUCCAUGCGUUUCAAACGCCGCGAUUUUAAAACGCAAACGCACUUCGCUUACACAUUAAUCGUACAAGACUACAUAUGCAGUAGUACUUCAUGUUGCAGUCCACUGUUAUUUCGUUUAAUAUUUUCAAAUUUGGAAUGCUAUUAUAUGCUUAUAGAAACCGCAUGUAUUAUGUUCGCACUAUACGAGGAACAUGAACAAAAACAAAAACAAAAAAAAUGAAAUGGCGUCAUUGGGUUCAUCGGCUUAAUCUAUAAAAACCAGAAAAUGGUUCUCUAUUCGACACCUUAAGAAUAAACUUGUCAGUGUCAAACAUCUUUAUUAUAUAAAUGGAUACGAUUUGUACGGAGAUUGUACAAGGUUGAAGGCACAAUAUUAUGAAUGAAGGAAAAUAAAACGCGGCACGAUCGCGGCGUCCGAAUUGCCCGUAUGUUAUCAAAAACGGAAAUGCACUGAAAAUGCACUGGGAAAUGAUUGCAUAAUUAUAGUUGAGAAACGCUUAACUGUGUGUGAAUAAACCCAUAUAAAAUUACAUGUUUAAUUAUGAAGGAUUAAUCGCAACAUUCAAAUCGCCCAGUGUGUGAUCCACUUAAACGUAAUACAAAAAUAUCGCGAUAACAACAUCAAAAUCGCUGUUUCAAAUAAUUACAUUGAUACUAGAUUAAUCAGUAUCUCUUAGAUCAUAUACUAUAGAUGUAACUAUGCGUAUAAUUUCUCUAUAGUACCGAAUUAUGUUCAACAUCAUCCCCACUACCUUCAAAAUUUCAUGGUACACGGCACAACUGCGUAUGCCCAGAUAUCAGUAUUUUUUCUUUAAAGCUUCAAUAAAACGUCAAAUUGAUUAGUUCUUUACCACUUAAGAUUGACAUAAAACAGUUAUUUUUAGUCAACCUUGAACGAAACCUAUUUGUUGAUGUAUUGUUGACAAUUUAAAUUUUCGGUUGUCUUUUUUUGUUUAUUUUGCCUAAAUAGAUAUUUUCGAAAUACUCUAAAAUCUGUUCUAAUUAUUUUUUCAUUUUCUGUAUAAUAAUUACUUUCAAUACGCCAUACGCAUAUAACAUUGCUUUCAGUUGAAUACGUUUUACGAAUUUGUUGUUUGCGAACAAUUGUUUUACGAUCAAAAGUUUUCCGAGCAAUUCUUGUACGAUCAAUUGUUUUUGAUUAAUUAACUUGUAUCCAUGUAUUAAGAAUAUACAGUACCUACCUAUGCUUGUGUAGUUCGUAAUUUUAUGUGUGUAGUAAAUAUAUUAUUAAAACUAUAUUUUUUUAAUAUUACAUGUCAUGGUAUUAAAGUAUGUGUUUAGCCAAAAAGGUGAACAUUUAUUUGUAUAGUUAACAAUAAACAUAUACAUUUUAUUCAUAGAAAAGAAACAAAACAGUAAUGACAACAUAAUUUGGAAAUGUACUAUAAAAAGUUUAAUUUAUACAAAAUAGUAGCAGUAUAAUUAAAAUUAAAUACAGUGAUGUGACAUUUAACCACAGUCUACGCAUGCUGUACUAGAGGUAUUUAUCAAAAGUAUGUAUAGUAAAAUUCGGUUAAGAUGCUCCUGCUUAAUACACUUUCCAGCAUAAGACACUGUUUUCCGUCGGUCCCUAGACAUACCCUAUACCACGGUCUUAGAAAAACAGGUUCGACCAUUGUCACCUUUUUGCUUAUAGACCGACCGGAUGAGUCAGAUUUAGUUCACAAUUUGCUCAUAAGCGCUGCUGGUUAUACUUAAUGAGGUUAUGUUAUAAUAUCAAUAUAUAUAUUAUAUCCAUAUUAAACAUAUGGAUAUCUAUGAUUAUAUCAUAGUAUUGUACACGGCCUCAUCAUCAACACAAAAACGUUUUUCACAAAUUACAUUAUUAUCAUAUAAAUUAUUGACAUCAAGGGACUUCAACCAUUCAUUUUUAAUGUCAUCAUUUUUUGAAAUAAAAAAAACUCAGUUUUUUUUAUUUUUAUUGCAUCUAAAUAUAUAAUAUUAGGCAUAUUUUAAAGAAAAUUAUAAGUAAUUAAAAUAUAAUUAAGGAUAAAAUAAUGAUCAGUGAGAUGUAGUAUUAUCUAUGCAUACAACAGUAGUGAAUAACAAUUAAGCCGGGCUUGGUCGCUAGUAUAGUAUUUUGGCAUGCUUGGAUCGCAGACGCUAACCAGGAGAUUAUUGUCACACUACCAAUUUUAUCGUAUUAUGAGGUUUAGUGUAAUGCAGUUGAAUUUGAAUAAUUGAAAUAUACGAAUUGAAUACAAUAAAUCCUGUAGGUCAAGACAAGUCUAUUUAGUAAUGGUUCUAAUGUUGGAAGGUGAAAUGCGAAUAUACGAAUGCGAUUAUUGAGAUUUCAGUAUUGUACAAAAAUUAAUAAAAACUUUUAACUUUUAACUUGGUAUAUACAGGCUGUUCCACGAAGAUAUACCUCUUAACUUUCUCCGGAGAUAGUAAAGAUAAUUAAAUUCUGUUUUUUUUGUAUUUCUCACAAAGAUGAAGACUACAAAUAUUUAUAUUUGAAUUAAAUUUUUUCUUUUAUUAAACAAAUUCAAAAAAUAACUUUUAUUAUUUUACUAUUUUCGGAAAAUUUUAAGAUAGCCAUUCUAUUGAAUUUAUUUUUCUGAAAAAUUUAGUGUAUCACAUAUGUAUAUCCGAUGAAUAGUUUCUAAGUAACAGCCGUUUUAAAUUCUACUAAUCCGUGUGAAAACCGACGUUAUCUUGGGAAUAAUCUAACCGCAUUAUCGUUAGUAGAAUUUAAAACGAUUGUUACAUAGAAACUAUUCAUCGAAUAUAAAUAUGUGCUAUCUUAAAAUUUUCGGAAAGUAACAAAAAAAUAUUAAAUUUAAAUAUAAAUAUGUGUACAUGUGUAAUCUUCAUCCCUGUGAGUAAUAUAUGACAAAAAAACAAAAUUUGAUUAUAUUUAUUAUUUCCGGAACAGCCUGUAUUAUAAUAUUUAUAUGACACUCAGACAAAGGGCACUAUAUAAAUAAAUAAUAAUAAUAUAGUGAUAUUUGUAUGGACUUUAUAAUAUAUAUUUUAGUUCAUGGUUAUCGUGAUGGUUAAUAUAAACUAAUUUAAUGUCAUAACUCCAAUAAAAGUUUGUAGGGUAGUGCUUAAUUUUACAGUGGUAAAAUUUUGUAAAUUUGCUAUCUUUUUUGAUAUUAAUGAGUAACUAUAAAAAUAUGACCUAAAGAUAAGUAAAAAAGUAAAUAAAGUAUGCAAUUUUUUAAUAAAUUUAUCUGUUCUAAUGAAUAUGCCAUUUCUAUAGGCAACUUUGUUAAACUAUCAAUAUAUAAUUUUGCAACAACUUCAGGUUUAUUUAUUAUGUAUACUAUGUACGUAGAAACUUUGAAACAUCUUUCUACGUUUAGAACCUUUCUUCCACGUGUUUCAUCAGAUUUCGUAAUAUUAUUUUUACGUUUUAGGCCUGUAGUGUAUUAUAUAAUUUAUAUCUAAAUAUGAUACUUGAUAUAAGGUGCAUGUCGGGCGGUCUUUAUUAUUAUAAUUAUUAUUAUCUGCGGUAUGUGGUAUUGUCAUUUGCUCACCUGCGGUCAAUUGUUGCGCACUGACUGUCUCUGUAUACUUUUAUUUAUGCUUCAAUAAUGUAUCGGCUAUAUAUCAUUUUAUUAAUAAUAAUCUCUUCGUUUAUACCUAUUGAGUUCCUACCUAUUAGAUAGAACAAAGCUACAAUUUCUUGAAACUUAGAAUGUCUUCUGUUUUUACUUGGCGAACAGAAAAACGAUUUUUGUUAUUAGCCUUUCGUACUGGUUCAGCAUAUUCACAUUUAUAACGCUACUAAAUUAUAUAAAUGAACGUUUUAUUGCACCAAAGUGUCGAUUACAUAGUGAGUAGAAAUAUUCUCUAACAGAGAAAUUGUGAAUAACAAUUGAAAACUUCUUCCUAUCACAUAAAUUUAACAGAAAAUAAAACACUCUGUAAUUUUGUUUUGUUCCGAUUGGCCAUCGUUAACGAGUAUAAAAUAUAACACUGUAUUGAAUAUUUCUUUAACUAUGUAAUUCUACAAGAAACAACAAGUUCAUCUGGUGAUUUAUUAGACUCUUUUUCAUGAUAAAUGUGUAUUUUAGACUUGUUUGUUUUCAUGUCAUGCGUACGAAUGAAGAUGUUUACCCAUAUACACAAUUUCUUAAAGUUUAACGCACAAAGUUGUUAAGCAUUAUCGUCAUUUAACGAGUUUCUGCAUUACACAAACUAUUUGAUUCAAAAUUAAAUAGUUAUGAAGAUUAAAUACUUAGCCAAUUUUUUUACUUAACAAUCUAUCUAUUUUCAAAGAAUUAUUAUUAAUUAACUAAUUGUUUUUAGUUUUGGCGUUUUAUGGAUUUCUGAAAUCGAUUCAAUUUUUUUUCUCACUACGUGGUACAAGUAUGCUUAAAAAACAAGAUCAGUUUGCGACUUUACAUUUCAACAUGUUGAGUUUGGACGAUUACUCGCAAUAACAAAUUAUUAUUAUUUUUUAAUUGUUGUAGAACUGAUGUUUCCUCUACUCCUCCUGACCAAAAAAAAAGACAAAAAACAAGAAUAUUAUAAAUAAAAACGUAUACUUGUAUAUAGACCCAGCGUAAUACUAGGUAUGAGUUUAUAAAAAACAUCUGUAGACAUUUUAAAAAAUAAUGAUAAAUAUUUUGUUUAUUUAUUUUUAAAAUAAUAUUCUAUAAAUUUUAACUAUUAUUCAAAAACUAUUACCAACUCAAUUUUAAAAUUACUAAAAUGUGUUUGGGUGAAAUGGCAAAGGUCGACUUUAGGUGAAACGGAACGCGCCCAGUAGAUUAGUCUCGUCUUCAGAUUCCGGAAAAUCGAAACCCAGAUCAGAUUAAGCGAUCACAUCGCAAGGUUUGCUGCGUAGGGACUGACCUAUAUAAAUUAUGGAAUAUUGUAGAUAAGUUAUUAAUUGUCGUAUGAAAAAUUGCAUAAAAUUACUAUUGUUUAUUUAGUUUAUGGCUUAUGCUCAAUCAUUAUAUCAAGAAAUGUACCGUGGUGGUACAGAUUUAGAAGUAACUGAUAAUGGAAUGAUUGAGGCUAUUUAUACAAUAAUAAGUGAGUACUUAUAAUAAUAAAUAUAAAUUAAAUAAUUUAUCAUUUAAGUAGUAAUUGUAUUAUAAUAACAUUAGUUUAUUAUUAUAAUUGCUUUUUAAUAAAUUUUUUUAGCUAAGCACUUAUAUUAGUUAAAAACAUCACAUUUUAAUAGAUGAUAUUAUUAGAAUAAUUCAAGAAUGAUUCAAGAACACGAAAAGUGUUUGAAAAUUGAAGAAUUUAUAGUAAAAUUAGGAAUUCAUAAAGGUUAAGUUUGUACUAAUUGUUUUCAGUUCUUAACCAGCAAUAUUAUAUAAGUCUGAAUGUUGGUUAUUAAAUAAAAUAUACGAAAUAAAAUUAGAAGUAGGUACCAAAAAUGAGAAUGUCAAGGUCUAUGUAAACCGUAUGAUGUGAUAAAAUUAGAAAGUAUUAUGAAUGAAUGCACAAAUAUACAAGAGGCAGUCUAGAAGUACCUAAUGAAUACCUAUAGAAGGAAUAGUGAAAGAAAAUAGAUAAAGACAGUGUGGGUAUCUUGAUGAGAAUAGUAAAACAGUGAGAUAAUUAAUAGGUGAGUUAUUUUUCAUGGAAAUCAUGAAAGAGUUUGGUCCCAGAAAAACAGGCUAGAGGUAUCUAAUUUGGGGUUCUUGGGUAUUAUAUAUUUUGAAUAGACAAUAUAAGUAAUAUUAUAAUGUAUAUUUUAAAGGUACACUAGGAGUUUAUGUAAUUGGAAUCAUAAUGGUACCAAGCUGGUGGCUAAUAGGUACUCUAACUCUAGGCCAAGGUGUUAUAUUGUUGAUUAUGGCUCAAGAUCAUUUAUUAUCACAUGCAUACGUGGGCUAUGUACUUUUUGGAACAUUUUAUCAUAUAAUGGCUACUACAGCUAAGUAAUUGUUAAAUAUCAUUACUUCAUAAUAAACAAGUUAAAGUUUAAUUUUGACUUUCAGAAUUGUAUAUUCAAUUAAAAAGUUUCCCUACAUAAUGGGAAAUAAAAUAAAAUAUAUUGUGUACCUAUUGUAUUUAUAUUAAUAUAUGCAGGCCAUAGGUAGUAGCUAUACUGUGAGAUUAUAUAUAGUGAGAUGAACCCUUUUUAACCUGAUGGUACCAAAAUUAAAUUUCCUCGAAUCAUUAAUUUUAAUUUUAAUUCGAGAUUUAGUAUCAGUUACCAUGAUUUAAGAUAAAUUCAUGAACACUAAAGAAUGAAUGCCUGGGCGAAAAAAUGUGAUCCAACAAUAUCGCAAAUCGUUAGAAUGCACUUUAGUCAGUAGUGAUGUCGGUUUUACAUGACAUAAAGCAUAGAAAAUAUAUUGGUUUCAGAUUCUGAGUGGAGUGAGGAAUAUAUUGACUUUACAAUGAUAUUUAUUUUUUUUUAUUCUGUGUACAAAAAUUUUACUAGAUAUUUUGAUCCGAAGUAUUAAUUGUAGCACUUUUUCUGAAAGGAAUUUUUUUCUUGUUGGUGUAAUGAAUAGUGCAAUAUAAGGUUAUCAUAAUGGUUUUAAUUCAAUGUUGAAUGCAGUUCAUCCAUACAUAUGGACUUUUAUUGACACAUUAAAAAAAUUAUAAUAUAAUUUAAAUGAACUUAAACUUUAAAGUUGAACAACCAAUUGUUAAAUAUUCAGCACCUAAAAAAAGAUAAGAUACAGAUUAAUUUCUACAAAUUAAAAGUAGGUACCCCAUUGCUGCAAAUUUUCUACUUCAAAUAUGCGAUAGUUAAAUUUAUUUUACUGAUCAGUGAUCAUAAUAUAUUUGUACCAUUUUUUAGAUUCUGAACGAGCAAGGAAUGUAUUGAUUUUACAAUGACGUUUAUUUUUUUCUGUGGAUAACUUUUCUAUCAGCAAUUUAACUCUGAUUCACAAUGAUAGCCCUUUUUCUAAAUUAAAAUGUGACUGGGGAGGUACGUUAGGAAUGUCAGCUUUCCGGAGCCUAGCCUCAGCUUCAGUCUCGCUAGGACCCGAGUUAGUUGCAACAACACGUCCCCGGAUGACAUCUUCUUCAUGACUCUGAUGUCCAAACCAAGAGCCUUGACGUCCACGCCCGUUUUGAGUUGCCUCGUAACGAAUACGUACGACUCUGUGACACUCAGCCUGACCAUCACGGCCACUGCCUUUACCGUCCCAGCCCUCUGACUAUUACUUUCCCAGCUGUUUUCAAAAUAAAUGGAAAAAACAUGGGAAAAACUGGUAAAAAACGUAGGAAAAAUGUGAAAAUAAGUACAAAAUUAACAAAUUUUAUAAAAAAAAAUAUAAUGAAUAUGAAAUUAUUUUACUAUAAUAGUACAUAUAUAUUUUUGACAAAGCAACAUUAUUAACCGAAACUCUACUCAGAAUUGUUUUUCGUUACUAGGGGCCAAUACAGGUAUUCAUUAAAUUUCCCCUCUACCUUUCCAACUUUUCACUUAUAACAGUGGUCCAUCGUGUGAAGUAUGUUCUUAUCUUUUUUAAUGUUAUAACCUAAACAGUAAAACUAAUGAAUAAUUAUCAUGUGACGUUUUUUAAACCAAAUUGUCCUCGAUCAAAUAGAUGUGUUUCCAAGAAUAUAAGAUUUCUAGAUUUAGAUAUUAGAAUUGUUUUUAGAAAAUACUUUUCUUUUUACUCGUUGGUUAGAUUUAAAAAAAAAGUGGGAAUUUUUGUUAAAAUCGGGCGCUAAAAUCAUAAAUACGGCACUGAUUACCUAUGUUUGGGUAAUAUUAUUAGGUUAAACACUAGAUAAACAUUUUUUUCACUCAUUAUUUUAUGUUACAAUAUAUACCUACCUAGCUAACUUAUGCAGAGAGCUAACUUCGGACAACAUUAUUUGGAUAAACUAAAUAAUUUUUCAUUUACUUACUGGAUUUGUUGUGCGAAACCAUAUCGGGUAAGUAGCAAGAGAGAAAAAAAUAUUUUAAACGAUUUUUAAAACCGUUUCGAAAGUGUGAAUCUUACCCGACCUUAAAAUCUAUGAUUUUUUUUCUUUGGAGUUACAUAAAAAGCAAUGUUUAUAUACCUCCCUUUCCAAAAGAUCUUGAUGAAUUAAAAUGUCGCAUUACAGACGUCAUCAACUUGAUUAUGGUCGAUAUGCUUCAACAGGUUUAUAAAGAAUUUGAAUAUCGCUUAGAUUCAUGUCGUUCAAAUAAAGGAGGUCACAUUGAACAUUUGUAAAUAUUAUACCUAAAACCUAAUGCAAUCUGAAUGUAAUCUUAAACUAAAAACUAAAUUUAAACUCUAUGUAAUCUUAAUGUAAUUGACAAACAUUUAAAACUUAUCUUAACCUGAUUAUUCAAAUUUUUCAAUAAAUAGAAUUUGUUAAAAUUGGAUUAAUCAUUUUGAAACACACUGUAAUUUGUCUUAUGAUUGUGAUAGCGUGAGUUAUGAUAAUAUGCAUUCAUUGAUAUUAUAUUAUUGAUAGGUAUAUAAAAUUCGAAAAUAUUUUUACUUAUAUUCGAUUAAAGACAAUUUAGUCUUAAAAAAAUGUUUUAAAGUAAUUAUUCAUAAGUUUCGCCAUUUAAAUAAUAAUAAUAAAAAACCAAUAAAUUCCCUGUGCUUUAUCUGUAAAACCGACAUUAUUAAUGAUUGAACCGCAUUCUAGAAAUUUUCGUUGUUUUAGACUACCUUUAUUUACACAAAUCAGUGUCCUUUUUCUUCAUGAAUGUUUCUUAAUUCUUGGAAAUAACUUUCAUCAAAUAUAUCAUUAGUAAUGAUAUUUUAAGGAUAAAAAGUUGUCUUAUUAAAAGUCACUAUAUUUUACGGUAGAUUAUUCACAAUAUAAUAUACAAAUUAGAUCCUAAAAAUUAAACAAUUUAUAUUUUCUGAUAAAAAAUUUAAUUGUUUUUAUUAUAAAUGUAUUCAAAUUUAACAAAAUAGUAUUGUGACAUCUUUAUUUUUAAAUCAAAUUAUAUUCAAGUUAUCUAAAUGUAUUUUAUGAUUUUAUAUGUAAUUGUUCGUAUGUUUGUAAUGUAAUUUUUUAAACUAAUACUUUAUUUUUUUAUUUUUUAUAAACAAUAAAAUAAGUACCUUUUUUGUUACAUAUAAGGUACCUUACCUAGACAUGUAACAGUUGGUUUAUGAACAUAUUCAUGUUAAUGAUUAUUAUACUGUUGUUUUAGUUGUGAAGUAGCCAAAAAUAUUCCAGAAGACAGUUUUGCAUUAGUAUUUGGAAUUAAUACAUUCAUAUCACUUUUAUUGCAAACAUGUUUAACAGUGGUUGUUAAUAGUCCAAUAGGGUUUAUGGUAAACAUUAGAACACAGGUAAAUGUAUUACUUUUAUUAAAAUAAAAUAAAUAAUGAAUGGUGCAUUGAAUAUUUACUAAAUUAAAAUCCUGGUAAAGUAAAGUAGUUUAACAAGUAUUAUUCAGGAUCUUGAAUCCAAAUUCUUUUGUUUGGAUAAUAUUUAUUCUAUUACUUUAUGGCCAGCAAAACUAUUUUUUUAACCUUUCUCUCCUGGGGCAGACUAUAGAAGCGUGACCGUCGCGCGCAUGGUAGCAAAUUUUCAUUAGGGUUUCUACGACUGGUUAGUUGUUGGUUGGUUGGUUGGUUAUAUGGACAUAUAUUUAUAUUAUACAUAUUGUUGUAAUAUAUAUCUAUAUAAUAUACAUUUAGUAAGAAUACUCAAAGUUCAUCCUAUAAUAGUUGAAAUACAGCUAUACCACUUACUCGUUAUAAGCGCGAUGCGGCUCACAUAAACAUUGGAAUAUUUAGAAUCCCUGGACUGCCCGAAAAAGGCCACCAUGCGCGCGACGGUAAAACUUCUAGUUUCCCUGGCCGUAUUAUACAUAAUAGGUACUAAAUUUAAGGUUCAUGGUAUAUUUUUUAGUUUAAUUCAGUGGUUCUCAACCAGUGUGUCGCGUAUUACUGUGAUAUGUGUUCCGAAAAAAUUGUUUACUUAUAGUUUUUCAUAUUUUAUAGUUUAUACUGUACGUUUUCAAAGCAUAAAUAUAUGGCAUUUUUAUUAUGUUAUGAUUAAACCCACAAAUAAGAAAAACUAGGAAAUUGACAUUACGUGUAGGUACGUACAGGGUCCUAUUUAUGCAAGGACAUUGUGGGUAUCUACCCAGGGCCCAUGCGAAUUAGGGACCCACCUACUGAAUUUAAUUAUUCUUUUAAUUUUAAUUAAUCCUUAAAAUUGAAGAACACCAAAAAAAAUGUACACAGUCAAAAAUACUUGUAAAAAUAUAAAUUAUUUUUUUUCAGUUUCAUACAAAAUAUAUGGGUAUGAGAUAAGAAAUAUUCAUAUUAAAUGGAUUAAAAAUAGGCCAAUUUUUUUUUUUUGUCCCGGGCCUAAAAAAUUCUAAAUCAGGCUAUGGGUAUGUAAAUUAGCAUGUCCUCAGGUCUCAGUCACAAUCAUCAUGUUGUAAUUUGUGAGCGUUCUGUGUGUCAUUUUAAUUUCAUUAAUUGUUUUAAGCGUGUCGUCACUUGCAUGGAUCUAAAUUAGUGUGUUGUCAUAUAAUAAAAGUUGAGAACCACUGGUAUAGUUGGAUAAGUAUUGAGCCAAACCUUAUAUUAACUUCUUUCAUUGACUUCUUUUAAAAAUUAAACAUGUGGCUGCAUCAUUUUGGGCCAACAUUUGGUUGUUAAGCCACAUGAAAUCUUCAUUUAAGAAAUAAAAACUUACGUUUAACAAAAUUGUAGACAUAAAAUGGAUUGUGGUAUAUAAUAAGGGGCUCUUGAAAUAUAUUUUACCCUACUAUAUUUUUUUAAUUUCGGCUCCACUGGAGCCAAGUUCGAUAGAAAACCUUUUACUAUGUAAACUAAUACAUACAAUUAAUGAUAAUAGUUAUUUAUUUUUGUAUCUAUAGUAGAAUUAAUUGGUACCUAUUUUUGUAGAUUUACAUAUACGGUCAAUGUUGUAUGAUAAUCGGUGUAUUAUUUACUAUCAAAGCAUUAUGGUGUACAUUGUCUAAACGGAGAAAUGUUAUUCCUUUAACAUGAAAGUAAAACAAAUUAAAUAAAUUAUUAGUUUUUACUAGUUAUUACUAAUUUAAUAACGAUUAUUUUUGUAUGUUAUUAUAAUAUAUUUUUUUUAAUUAUUAUUUAUUAUUUAAAAUCACGGACUUAAGUCCAAAUACAAAGAAUAUAUGACAGUUUAUAUAUAGAAAGAAUAAAAUAAAGCGAAAGAGAAAUAAAACAAAAAGAACAAUAAUUAAAUAAGUUUUACAUUAACAAAACAUAUCUAAAUCACGGUUAACACUAUUACCGGUGGUUCACAAAAUAUUUAUUAAUUGGAGAAGAUGAAAUAUAAGUAUCACGAGUAAUAUGUGUAUGAACCUUACAAUUAAUCUGACUUAACAACAAUGGGUCGUUAAUAUUGCUAUUUAAUAGUUUUAUUUUUUUAAAGGAAUAGUAAUAUCAAUUCUUCUAUAUUGAAGAGAUUUUAAGUUUAAAAAAUUAAGAAUAUCUUUAUAUCCAGAAUGCUGAGGCCUUUCUGUAUUACAUUUGAAGCAAAUGUAUAAGACAUAGUUACUUCUAUAAGUGUUUUUUUUUUAUUUUACAAUUUUUUUUCCCAAGAGUAAUGGUACUGUAAAAUAGAAACCAUUUGCGUAUCAACCCGUUAUAUAGAACCACGGCCUGCGCUAGGUUUUGCGAGGCCCUAGGCAAAUUAUUCCAGAGAGUCCUGAAAACAUCUUUUACAAAUCAAUAUAAGGAAAACCGGUACAUUUUACUCACCCCCAAAAUCGAGCGUCGUGGUGGCUUAUCCCCCCUAUUUAUAUAUUUAAAUAAUAAAUAAUAAUUUAUUAACAAAAUAAGUUGGCUCACUUCUUCGCUACUAUGUUGCAAGCCGAGCCGACCUUUGAGCGAUUGCGCUGUGGCAUUUACACCGGAUUUUAUUAAAAAAACAAAUAUUUAUGCUUAAUAUUAUAUAAAUAAUUUUAAAAAAAAUGUAUAAAUAUUUUACAAUUAUUCUCAAAAUAAUCAAAAAAUCACCAAUUUAUAUAAUAAUAGAAAUAUAAUGAAAUAAUAAUAAAAAUGUAUUAUUAUUUAAUUUGUAAGUUAAUUAUAUUAUAGUUAGUAAAAACAAAUAACUUACUCAUGAACUAGAUUGAAAAUUUAACAAAACAGAUCUUUUGAUAUUUCUUUAUUGGAGCAAUAUUUAUGGUAAAAAACAUAAGUUGAACAUAAAAAUAAUUAAGCCGGGACGCUACGUGGUCGUAAAUCUUAAUCAAUUUUAAUUUUUUGGUUUGUCCUAAUUAUUAGAAAAAAUUACUUUGGAUUUCAAAAAAUUUUAUGGGCGUAUCUACGACUUCCAUGGCUCCAUAUAAUAGUCUAUAAUCUAUAUUAUUAAUCCUGUUUAGGUCCGGCUGUCCGGUUUUCAUACGGUAAUUUACAAUGAUUUUCGCGGACGACUAACAUUACAGAUCAACGUUGCGUAGUUCACCGAGUUAGGACUUGAAUUCAGCACACCUUCUAAAGAUACGCUACUGGGUAUUGAAGGGGUGGGAUUUUUUUUUUUUAAUAAAAUUCCAAAAAUAACGUGGGUUAUGUGAUAAGUAAAAUUCAGAACGAACUACAAAGCUGGGAUAGCAUUGUUUGGAGAUGAAUUUAAGUUUCACUUUGAGUAGUAAGAAAUGUUUAUAGUCUAAAAAAAAUUGGAUUUGAAAUGAUUUAAAUUUAGCGGGUACCUGUAAAAAUCUGGAACAUAACAUUUUUAAAAAUACAAAUCUUGAAUCCAGAGUUUUACAGUUAUCGAAAUUUGAACCGUACAAACUACAAACUGGAGUGUACUAAACUUGAAAAAUUAUUUUAUAUUACUCUAGUAUUACCAAUUUUUGGAUCAAAAACAUACACGUCUGCGACCAAAAGCCAUUCUUUUAAAAAUUAUAAGAAAAAAAUAACAAUUUAACCCUACCUUACUUAUACUUGGGAUAUUGACUACCUAGAAGUUCUUGUCAGUGUCAGAGAACGGCUACCAUUUUUUUUUUUUUUUAACAAAACAAUUAUUAGGUGUUAUUAUUAAGUAAAUAAACAAAAUUUGGAAAAUUGGGAUACAUAUAUAUAUAUAAUUGUACAUAGAAAUUCAGAUCUUUUUUUACGAAGUUGGUGACACGGGAUUAGUAGAAAAUUAUUUUUAAGAUUUGUAAAUUCCAAGUUUGUACGGUUCAAAUUUCGAUAACCGUAAAACCCUGAAUUCAAGAUUUGCAUUUUCAAGAAUUGUACAUUCUAGAUUUGAACACUCAAAGUUUGUAUAUUCCAGAUUUUUAUUCCCUUAUUAGUAUACCAUAAUGCAAAAAAUGUAAUUUACAAAUUAAAGUUACUGUUUAAAUUUUUUUUAAAUUGGUUUUUAUUGUUUCAGUGAUGCUGUUAAAUUAUUUAAUUCAAUCACUUUAUCACUUCAAUUUGAAAAUAUUAAUAGAUUUUCACAAAUUCACAUCAAAUUUUUGGUUUUUUGAGAAAUAGUUAAGAUAACCUUCAUGUUAGACCAUAUGUGACUGGUGACCGCAUAUGUUGGUCACAAUUAUAAAUUGGAGUAUAUAAAUGUCAUCACAUUGAUUAAUAAUCACGGUCUAAGAUAUAAAAUAUAUUACUUUAGUUCAUCACAAUAGGUAGUGGUGCCGAAGUCCUAUAUAUGUAGUUGAGCGAGAAAUAAAAUUUAUGUUUUUUUAUAUUAAUCAUUAGUAGCAAUGCAGUCAUUUCCGUGAUAUUAUAAUGGUGUGAAGUAAGUUAGGCUUUACUAACUUUAAUAGAAACACAGGAAAAUAAAUAAUUUUUUAAAACAUUUUAAUAUUCAAUGUAUAUUUCUAUGUAGGUAAUACAUAUUUCUAAAUAUAUUUUAUUAAAAACAGUUGCAAUUAUAGUUUAAUUGAAAAUAAAUAGAAAAUUGUAAUUAUUAAUUUUUCUUAUUUUAUACAUUAUUUAAUUUAUUAUACAUUGAAUUUUAAAUUUCACUAGAAAAUGUAUUACAAAUAUAAAUUUGUACAUACAAUAAACAUACCAAUUUUACCAUAUGUACCUACUUAAUUACACAAUUUAUAUUAUGUAGUAUUUAAAUCUUUAGUAAAACUUAAGCUUUCUUUAUUGAAUUCUAAAGGCAUGAUACCAAGAUUACCAUUGUAUCGAUUUUUGGAAAUCUGAAAAAAAAAAUGUUUAUUAUAUGAAAUACAAUAAUAUUAAUAUACACGAUUAGGAAGGUAGGUACUUCUACGUAAAAAUCAAUGCCAUUGAAAAACGAGUAGAUCAAUUAUAUUUUAUAUACAGGCUAAUUAUUAGUUAUAUUAACAUGAUACUAUUCUACCUGUAAAUAUUUUUUAAUUUGUAAUGAUUCCAAAGUUUUAUAUUGUAUCAUAAGAAUGUUGUCUGCUUCUUGGGUUGCUUUAGCAGUACCAAAAAUAGAACUGAUAGACAGCUGUUCAGCAUCUUUUUCUUUUCUCGGGUGCAUAACUAAUGUGACAUGACAGUUUGAAUAUGUAGCAAACCGUCUAAACUCUGCUAUUAUUGAAUCUUGUUGCCAAAAUCGUUCUGCACCCAUGUCGUACUUAGUACCAAUUCCCAUCAUAAAUUGUACAUUAUCAAUGAUCACAUGGCCAAUAUCAUAAAUGUAAACAGCAUUUACUAUAGCCUAAUAGAAAAAUGAUUUUGAGCGAAAUACUGUUGAACUUGAAUUGAAAAAUGUAUUUAUUGACAAUUAUAAAAUAAAUUAAAAUUGUAAGUAUUUUAGAUUCUGAGCAGAGCCAGAAACCAAUGUAUUGGUUAUACAAUGGUGUUUAUUAUUAUUUUUUCUUUGGAUAACUUUUUUACCAGAAAUUUUGUUUCGAUUUCAAGUAUAGCACUUUUUUUGUAAUUAAGGAAGGUUAUGUUUUGAUUUUCCCAAUAAAUGUGAAAAAUUGUUGGGAAAACGUGAAAAUUUAGGAAAUAUAUUUAUAUUACGGCCAUUUUUUGAUUGAUUUAGUGAUAUCGUUUGUUCUUUUUAUAAUACAGUAUGCAGAGCUUGGAUAUUUAUGCAAUUUUGUAAUUUGUUUUCUUUACAAUUUAAUCUUUACCUAGAUACUAAUUUGAUUCACAAAUCAGGUGUCAUAUACUGAACAAAAUGACACCAUUUCCAAUUGCAUAAAAUUGCAUAUAAUACAAUUUUGAUAUCCAAUCUAAAAACCCAAAAAUAAAUACUGUAUAAAUGCAUUUUUUUAGAUUUUGAGAACAUAUAAAUGCAUAUUACAUUAUGUGACUUGAAAUUAUCUGUUAUAAUGGAUACUAUUAUUUUAUACUAUAUUUAUACCAAUAUAUUAUGUAAUACCUAUUGGGUGCAUUUAAUAAAAUGAGGAGUUUUUUUAUUUUCUAAGUAGUUUUCAUAACAAUUAGGAAAAACCGGGAAAAUACUUAGAACUAGAAAAAUUUAAAAAAGUAAUAUUUUUAUUAUUUUCAAUUUUGUUUUCUUGUAAUUUAUUUCAAAAUGUUCUUACUUGAAAUUUAGACAGAAAACUUAAAUUUGCCUUUUCUAGACAUGGUAAAACUUUCAAAACAUUUAAGUCCUUUUUGAGUUAUUAAUAGACAUUUUAAUUUUGAGUUUUUUAAAAAUCUAUUCAAUUUUUUUUUGGUAGGUACUCUGUAGAUAAAAUUGUUACCUAACAAAAAUAUUUGACGAUUUUACAGGAAAUUUAUUAUAAGUUGUAGCUAGUUGCCAAAAAGAAAAAGUUGAGUUUAAUGUAGUAUUUUUUUUUAACAUACAUUUUAAUAUCAAAUGUAAAUCGUAAAUAUUACGGCUUUUUAAAACAUGUAUAACUCCUCAGAAUUGUUUUUUGUUAGCAAUAGUUAACUUAGUAAUUGAGUACAGAUAUAUAUUACAUUCCCUUCUAUAUCCUACCUUCCCAACUUCUCACCUACAACAGUGGCGUACCCAUCGUGCGAAGUAUGUCAGCCUUUUCUUCAUCUUAAUGAAUAGUUUAGAAAUCGCCAGUAUAUUUUGAAAAUUGAAUCACAUCUAGAAAGGGCUUGUAAAUAAUAUUAUGCUAUGAAAAUGCCAUAACUCUACAACUAUUUUAACUGAAUUAAAAAAAAAAAUUGAAAAUAAAAUUUGCUACAAGAAAUUACUCUUGAUGUUGAUGAUAAGAGCAUGAUUUAUAAUAGAAAAGUUCUUCACAUACAGACAAAAUCAUCCAUCAUAAUUCAUAAUCCAAUACAUUCUUCUCUAAGCUCAGAAUUAAAUAUAGAAUUACUUUUAAAGGUACACAAUUAAUGAUUUAUUUACAAAUAAAUGAUUGUGUAUAACUUACAUCCAUCACUAUAUUCAAUGGUUGAGAUCCAUGAAAUGUCAAAAAAUAAAGUGGAAGCUUUUCGAAAUUGUUUGCUAAGCUAUCAAAUAAGUUUAAAUUAAGAUGUAUAGGUUUUCUAGCAAAUUGUUGAAGCAUGAUUUUGGCUAAACGUUGAUUACGUAUUUCGAAACUUCCCCAUAAUGUUGGUAACUAAAAAUAAAUCAUUAUUAUAAUAUUAUAUUUAUAAAAAUAAAAUGAUAACUAGGGUCAUGUUUGUGGGUAUAUUACUUUAAAAUUACACAUACAGUUUCGUCUGAGAAAUAUUACUGUGGAGAGAUAAAAAAUUUCUUGUACAGCUUUAUUAGAGUGCUCACAUUUAAAUUUGAACAUCCCCAAUCAUUUUUAAUGGAUGACAUUUUAGUUUUUUAAUUUUAAGGGAGUAAGUAUAAGUCAUUCAUUACAGUGUCAUAAUUUUUGAAACUAUUUAUUCAAUUUAUAUGUUUUAGUAUUAUAAAAUUAGGAAAAAUAUACCAAUAAAAUAUAAUGAAAUGACCGGGUUAGUAGUUAAUUAAAAACUAUAGUGAAAUUUAUUAAUCAACUAUUUUAAUUACUUACACCUUGUUCAAUUAAAUCUAAUGAAUAUUCACUUAUAAAAGUCGUUUUACCUGAUCCUGUGGGACCAGAUAAUAUAGUAAGUUCACCACGACGAUGACCUCCAAUAAUUUUAUUUAAAACUGGAAAUCUUGUCCAUUUUAUUCCAAGGGUCUAUAGAGGGUACAUAAAAAUUAAUUUAUUUCAAGUAAUCAAUUAAUAAUUAAAUUGUAAUAAUGACCUUGUCAUGAUUUUGUAACUCUGCAAGAACUUCAUUACGUAUUGUUGAAAACUGAAUAAUACUUGGAUGAACCAUUUGAUCAGCAGUUUUAAUUAUUUGUUCAAUAUCUAAGCCAAGCUUAAAUGCGAAAUAAGGUGAUGGAUGAUCAUCUGUAGGUCUUAUAAAAUAACAUCUACUUUCCAAUAAUUUUUUUGCAAAUGUUCUUGUGGAGUUCCAUGCAAUCUGAUCAUUCCCAAACCAUAAAAUUAAUCUGUUGAAAUAUUCCAGUGAUGGUAAAAUUUCUUGUGGUAAUUUCCGUAGACCUUAACAAUUUUAUAUUAUUAAAAAUUUUACUUUUUGGAAUAAUACUUGUAAUACUAUUAAUAAUGAAACUAUUUAUAUGCAUAGCGGGUGCACUUUAAAUUGUAAGGAACUUAUUCCUAUAUAAGGAACUAUAUUAUAUAAUAUUCGUAAUUGCAUGUUUAUUUUUUUUCUUGUAAAAUAUUUUUUGUGAUAAUUAAAUUUCUCAAUAAGUCUCAUACAGUAAAGAAAAUUUAAUUGGACAGUCUAUAUACAAACUAAUCAUACAAAAUAUUUACUGAAAAUGAUAUUAUUUUUAAUGAAAUACAUAAUUUCACUGAAGUCGCUCAGAACUAUUUUAUAUCCAUUUGUUUUCGAUAUUUAAAAAUAGUGGGUGGGCCACUGUUGUAGGUGAGAAGUUGAGAAGGUAGAGGGGAAAUAUUAUGUAUAUCUGUACGCAACAAUUAAUCAUUGCUAACGAAAUAACGAUUCUGAACAAAGUCCAGUUAAUAGUGUUGCUUUGUCAAUAAUAUAUGUUUUCUAAUAGUAAAAUUACAUAUGCAAUAUAUAUUUUCUUCAAUAACUACAGUAAACCAAGCUAAGUGUCACUAAUGAGUGGCUUCUUAAUCAACUCCUACAUGUCUACCUUACUCUUAUAAUUUAAGCAUAUAGUACUAAUCGUAUAGAUUGUUUAUUUUCUAAAAUAAAUAAUAAUACUUGUUUAAUAUUGUAGGUACCUAUUUUCCCAUUUAUUAUGAAACCUGCUGGGAACAUCAAAAAAUGGCCUUCCACUUCAAAAAAGUACCGCCCAAGUCAGAUUUCCUUUCAGAUAAAGUGCUAUUAUUGUAAAUUAAAGUAAAAUUGCUGAUAGAAAAGUUCUCAACAGAAAACAAAAAUCCUUGUAAAACUAAUAUAUUUCUUGCGCCGGUCAGAAUUUAAAAAUAUGUGUUACAAUAUAAGGGCCUAUUCAUUAAUAUGAAAUACCUAUGUUUUAUAUUAUUAUAUAAAUGAAGCCUAAAAACAAUUUCAAAAAGCUGUCCUAGGAUAAUGGAAACAGGUGUAGCCAUUGGUAUAAGUAAUUUAAUGUAUAUCUGUAAGCAAUGAUUAAUCAUUGUUAAUGAACAAAAAAGAUUCUGAGCCAAAUUUAGGUGAUAGAGUUACUUUGUCAACAAUAUAUAAGUCAUAUUAUGGUAUUUAUUAUAUGUUUUCUUUAAUAAUAUUUAUUUAAUAUUAUAUCUAUUUUCCCAAUUAUCAGAAAAACUCCUGGGCAAAUCAAGAGAUUAGCUCCUUAAGUACCUCCACAGUCAGUGCUGUCAUUAUUAGCAAAAUUG